GCACGGAGUAACCCUAUUCAUAGUUGAUACACAACAUGUUAUAUGUUUAUUUCUUUUCUUUCUUUUUUUCUCUUUCUCCUUCUUUUGUUAAACAUUUUCUUUUUUUUCUUCUUCUGCUAAUUGCUUAAUCUACAUUAAUACUUUUUGAGAUUAAAGAGAAAUGGGACAAUUGUUAGCAUCGUUGAAUCUCCGCAGCCAUUCAGACAUAGUACCUGAAAUAGGGUUUGAUAUUGAGAAGGCAACCCCUCUAUCGGAAGAGUUAGGGGACUACAAUCAACUUUUUACAUUGUUAGUACAACCAAACACAACUUUAUUAAAAUCCCUUAAAGAAUACAAACCCGCUUCAGACUGUAUUCGAAAUGCUAUUGCAACACCCAAUCCAGAGAACGAAGAGAUAGCAUGGAACGCUGUAUUGCCUACCGUUGAUAUGCUGACAGCCUUUUACAGCUAUUCUUCCGAAUUGGAACGAGGUAUCCCAAUGUUACUCAAUGUUCUUUGUAAAGACGGUGUCACAAAAGAUCUUGACAGGCAUCCAGGAUUAACCAAGCUGUUUGCAGAUAUUCUGGAUUUUGUAUUCGAAUUCGACUAUUUAAAGAUAAGAAAUCCAACCAUACAAAACGAUUUUUCUUUUUACAGAAGAACCUUACAACGAGGAACACAACAAGUGAAGAAAGAAAAAGAGUCUGACUUGCGUGUUGCUAUCAAUCAGGACGAUUUAGCAAACCGUAUUUCACUAUUCAUUGCAUAUCCUACUCCCAUGUUGAAAUGUGUCAUUGAAACCACCACUAAAUAUGUGCAAACGAAUAGACUAGUUCAGAGUGUAAGUGACUGGUUGGCGAGUAUUUGGUUUGCUUGCUUUCAAACCUUAAACAAUAAAAAGAAGACGACAAAUGAUAACGUAACUUUUUAUUUAAAAGUAAUGGUUGUUUCAAUUAUUCUCUAUGAUCAUAUCGAUCCCAAUGGUGCAUUUUCCAAAUGCUCUCCCAUCAAUGUAAAAAACUCGUUAAAAACCAUCCAGUUAUUAAACAAUAUCUACCAACAAGAACAAUCCAGCACAUCUAAUCUGAUCUCUGCUCUGAGAUACAAUUCGAAACACCUUAAUGAUGAGUCUACUCCCAAAGGAAUUAAAAACCUAGUCAUGGCAACAUAAUAAUAUCCCCCUCUCUCAUACUAUAGCCUCCUUUUCACUCCCAAUAAUAAAACCUGCCCUUUUUUGCCCCCCUCAAG